AUGGCCAGCAGCAGCAGUGUGAACAUGGAUCCAGAUGUUGCCCGGAGGCUGUUUGAGGAGGGAGCGACCCUGGUGUUGCUGGGUGUUCCUCGAGGUACAGAACUCGGGAUAGACUGCAAGAGCUGGCAGGUAGGUCCCCGAUUCCGGGGCGUUAAGAUGAUUCCUCCCGGACUCCACUUCCUCCACUAUCGCGCUGUUAGUUCGUCAAGCAGUGGCGGAGAAACCGGCCCGAAGAUGGGCCUCUUCCUGUCUCUCAAACCCAGAGAGAUCCUACUUGCCAACUGGGACCCCAAAGAAGAAGAUCUUGACUUCUCAGCGUCCAAGAACGACGAAGAAGUGAACCGAAUCCGGGCCACCCUGCAAGAGCUGGACCCCUAUCUGGGCCCCUAUCCCUAUGAGGUGAUGAAGAAGUGGGUGUCCCUCACUGACCGCCUCAGUGAGGAGCUGGCCAUCAAUUUACAGCCUCUGACGGGUCGAAUAUGCGCCUUCAGCGACGUGAUUCCCGAGCUUCAGUUUAGACACACCAAAGACAGGGCAGAGCUCCCGAGGAAUGACACCGCCUGCCAGAGCAUGAAAGAAGGGCUGGACAGGCUUCCUAAGAUGAAGGUGAGGGAGGGAACCGAGUUACGGCUCUCUGCUAUCCCUCAGAAGACCUACCCCCCCGGGGCCACGCCGGCCGAGAUCACCCGGUGCAGCAUGGACCUGAGUUACACUCUGGAGACCGUGCUGGAGGAGAACCACCAGCAGCAGCCUCUCAACUUGCUAGGGGAGCUGCAGUUUGCCUUCGUGUGCUUCUUGCUCGGGGACGUGUACGACGGCUUCGAGCACUGGAAGAGUCUCCUGGCUCUGCUGUGCCGCUCAGAAGAAGCCAUGCGGAGGCGCAAGGAGCUGUACCUGGGACUCAUCACUGUGCUUUACCACCAGCUAGGGGAAAUACCCCCCGACUUCUUUGUUGACAUUGUGUCGCAAAACAACUUCCUCACAACCACACUGCAGGACUUUUUCCAGUUUGCCUCCGGACCUGGAAUGGAUGAAACCCUGCGCAAGAGAGCGGAGAAGUUCAAAGCCCACCUGACCAAGAAGUUCAGUUGGGAUUUUGAUGCCGACUUGGAUGACUGCGCACCUGUCGUGGUGGAGCUGCCAGAGGGUGUCACAGUGGACUGA